AUGGGGGUCCUCCGCAUCCUGGCGGCAGCGUUUGCCGUUAUAGCCCAACCCCCAUUGCGCUUUGGUACGCCUCCUGAGACUUUCCCUCCUGAAACAGAAACCAGCUUGAUUCCCCAAAUAGACUCUGAGCUGCUUCUUCAUGUCCAUCCCCUUGAGCUGACAUUCAUGUUGUCAAUAUCGUUGGAAGUGCUGAGAAAAAAGAAGGCGGCUUCGAUGUCUUCUAGCUGCUCGCUGCAUCUAGAUAACAAGGGAAACGACCGCGUCGUGUUCCUGCUUGUGGCCAACAGCCCCAGUAGGUACCUGGCAAAGGAUCCACUCUGUGGCGUUGUGCCGCCAAGGUGUAUCUACACCCUCACUCUAACAAUGUGCAAUAAUAAGCAGCAGGCAUUGUCGAUGCCGUCGAUAGAUAGCGGUGCCGACUACUUCACACUGCAUAGCGUUGUGGUGGGCCAAUAUGAGCUCGACAAAGAUACCAUCUCUGCUGAGUACGAAGAAUUUUUCAAGAAAACCAAAGAGGAGGCCGGGCAUGAGGUACAAGAGGUGGCGUUGAAUGUUAUCUGUUGUCAACAACAAGCUGAUUGUGGGACAUCAUCUGAUUCUGAGCCAACUGGGCCCACAGUUGAGAUCAUAACCAAGGCAGAUGCUCUGGAAGUUUCGUCCAUGGAUGUGCAUCCAAUUGAACCUUGGAUUAUGACAACGCAUCGCGUGGGGAGCCUUCGUGUUUGGAACUACAAGACAAUGGCAAUGCUGAAGUCAAUUCAAGACGUCACAGAUGAACCAGUAAAUGUGGCUAAAUUUGUCGUACGUGAGAAAUGGAUUGUUGCUGGUGAUCGCAACGGGUGCAUCCAUGUGCACAACUAUGAAGAAAAUGAAGAAGUAGAGAGCUUUUGUGCUCACAGUAGUUGCAUCACAACUUUGGCUGUGCAUCCAACGGAUCCAUUUGUGUUUUCUUCAUCUAAUGAUGCUGGUCACCUGAUCAAGCUUUGGAACUGGGACAAUGAUUGGGAAUGCAAAGAAUUUCAUGGACACGUUGGCACAGUGACGCAAGUAACCUUUAACCCAAAUGACUCCAAUAGUUUUGCUAGUGCUUCCAAGGAUGGCACUGUCAAGAUCUGGAGUAUUUGUUCCGAUGACCCCAGUAAGAUCAUCACAUUGAAAUUGGAUGAGCAUGGGCUCUGUGUUGACUACUUCACACGCAAUAAUCAACAACAUCUGAUCGUGGGAUGUAAUGACAAGACCGCACAGAUAUGGAAAUUGGAGACGAAAGAGCGUGUACAUGAGCUAGAAUCGCAUACAAACCUUAUUAGUGCCGCCAAUUUGCACCCGGAACUUCCAAUAUUAAUCACAGGUUCAUUUGAUGGGACUGUACGCAUAUGGAACUCCAUUACCUACAAGCUUGAGAACGUAAUUGGUUUCCACCUCGGGGCAGUUUAUGCUUUUGGAUGUAUGAAAGGCUCAAGAAGGAUCGUGGUCGGGUGUCACCAGGGAAUAGCAAUGAUGGACAUUUCUUUGCCUUAAACACUAUGUUGCUAUCAGAGCAACACAACAGGAAAACAUCAAGAGCAUAUCAAAUUUAUCAAGUGUUGUUUGCCUACGUUGCUUAUUGAUGACUAAGACUUAAGAUCUGAUUGCAUUCAGGGUUGUGGUUAUAUUGAUAGGGUGUUUUAAUGUAUCCAAUAUAUAUGUUAGAGGCAAAAUAUGUGUAGAAAGCACAUCAGAACUGAUACUCUACAAGCAAAAUAUUUAGUUAGCAGCACUACUGCUGCAUCGCGAUACCUUUUUCCAUGUUUUGAGAGACUAAAACAAAUAUGGUAUACUGAACUUUAAAAAGUAGCACGACUAUCCAGCCUGGGCCAGUGAUGAUCCCAGCCUAUCACAGCCAGGUGACGGGUGCAUUUGUACCCAUCAUUUCAUUAGUUCAUUCAUUCUGGA